AUGCCGGAUCCUUACUGCCGCUUCACUUCAAAUGGCCACUCAAACGGUGGCACCAUGGACCAAAGCGACGUAGAAAGUAUCUUUGCCGAUGGUGUCCCAAGCGAACUGGAGGAGCGCACAUUUUCAAGACUUGAAGCUAUCAGCGGAAGAUUGGACGAUGAGCAACGCCGAGAGGUCAAGAGCAUUUUCAAAGACUUCGCCAGCGAAAGGGUCCGCCAGAUCACAGAAAAAACAGAUUCGGCCAGCAAAAACGUGAAAAACACGGCAGAAGUUGUUGAUCAACAUACGGAAAAUAGAGGCGCUCCGUCCCCUGAGAAAGGUUGGCAGAGAGAUGCCAUCAACGGCGAGGCCUUCGGCGGAAUUGCUGCCCUUAAUGAUAUCGAGGGACGAAUUCUGUCGGUGUUGGAGCCACCAGUGCAAGAAGACGCGCUAUCUCAUGAAAGACCAUCUACGGCGCCAUCCGAGUCUGAGAAUGACACAUUUGGGAAAGCUCUGGCGGCAUGGAAUGAAGCUGCUGUUCAAGGAUGGGACUAUGGAUUGACGAAGGGCAAUGGCCUGAACGGGCUUGUCGUUUGCGGUCGAUGA